AAUUAGGAUGCAAGCCGUCGUUAAACCUCAAUGAAGUAGAAGAAGCUAAACCAGUACAACUCGAGUACAACUGCAGGGGGACAACACACUGACGUAGGAGGCCAACCUUGGACGCCAGUAUCAACGGAUUGCUGUGUUCAAGCAAAGCGCGCACUGGCAAACAUGAGCAGUUUUAGUAGACCCGACAGACACAGGACGCCAUCAUUCACCAGGGCAACACUCCUGGCAGCAUCCAAGUCUGACCUGGAGAGAGAUUCAGGCUUCUCAGAUGCCAGCUCUGAGUACCUCAGUACAGUCGAUCUGACUGACUCUGAAGAUGCAGGAAGGAAUGGGACGAUAGUCGGCCAGGACCCGAUUGGUCCGCAGGUGGCUGUGAUGGGAGGCUCAUAUGCUGGACUGUCUCCAAUGAUCAUCAUGAAUAACUUUGUCUUAAAGCAGCCAUCCCCGAUGGCUCCAGCAGAAAAACAGUGGGGCUUUCCUUCACCCUUGGAAGUGAUGCCUCAGUCACAGAUGGUUCUUCUUCAACCCAUGGUAUCAAAUGGUAGCAGCAGCUCCUCAAACACGGGCUCUGACAAGAUUCGACCUUCCAAAACCUACAUGCCCAUCCGCAAGUCAUAUCCCAAAAUCGCCCCACACCCAUCAGAUACGUCCACAAAAAGGGUGGGAUCCUCCAAGGUGAGGGUGAGUUCAACGUCAGUGUAUGGCCAGCGACAGAGGAGGCACCACCACGGCCACAGGCUCUACAGCUCCCCAAGCCCGAAGCCAGCACUGCAGCCUACAAUCAAAUCCAUCCCCAACUUUGAAGCAGCAAACAAACAGUCACAGGCGGCUGAGAGUCAGGACAGUGACAUGCCUCUCUCCGAGCUGGCGGGGAACAACUCUCUGCUCCCCUACACGGAUGAAUUCGGUACAGACCUUGACGGCAACAGGAUGGACGCUGACCAGGACGACGCACUCUCAAUGGACGUUAACAAACUGAAACGUUUUAGCAACACCUACAACAUUCUCCACAAAUCUGGCUUGCUGGGGAUCACCAUGCGCACAAAGCAGCUGAUCAGGGAGAAUAAGCGCACCCAAGGCCAGCUGCAGCAGCUUCAGGAGCAAACGGCUCUGCUGCUGGAGGCUCAGAGCAGCGGAGACCUGCAGCUCUGGACUAAACUGCAGCUCUCUCUGCAGCACACAGACAAGGAGCAAUGCGGAGCCAAAGCUCAGAGAGUGCUGGUGUAAUAUCAUGAUGGACUUGACCAGCGGUUCUCAAUCAGGGGGUCCCACGAUGAUUUAUUGAAUGUGAAAAUAUACAUCUCAAAUCUUAAAAACUAAAGCUGCCUUUGUGCGAAAUAGUCUAGUUACAAUAUCCAGCAUUAUACAUAAACAAACAAUAAAUUAUAACUAAACUAUACUUUCAUGCUUUGCAGGCAGGAUGGUACAAAUUAUCUAAAAAGUCAGAACUGCUGGUCUAAUAUGAAAAACCAAGUGGGAGUUAAGAAGCAUGCUUACAUUUCAAACCCUUGCCUAUAAUGAAUUAUUUUGCUUCUGCUGUUUCACAAUAGCAAGUGUCACUUGCAAGGGCUAUGGCCUCUACAUUUAGAAUUCUUAGUCGCAUUAAACACAAGUAUACAUUACGCAUAAAGGCACAUGAGAUUAAUUCCUUAUUCGUGUCCUGAAUGUGAUGUAGAGAAAAUAUAAGCAUCAUUUUUAAACCCAGUGUGUAUACAUUUGACCUGUGUUUCAAUUUCCUCUUUACUGAGAUCUUUAAUCAACAGGACAAUAUCUUGUCCAUUUACUUUGUUUUUUUAAAUUGGAUUGUAAAUGAAAGUGAAUAUGCAGAUGCCUCCUUUGCGAGGAAGUGUAUGUACCAACAGCUUUGGCAGUAAGAGUUCAACGUUAUGGCAAAACCUGUUUCCUUUUUUAUAUAAUUUUCUUACUUGGUGUACCUAUUAUUUAUUUGUAGUAAUUUUUCAGACCCAAGACUUAAGCUGUGUGAAUAACAUAAACAAACCAAGCACAUUAUAAGGAGUUCAAUGGUAAAGCAAGGUCCUUUUUUCAAAAGAUAUAUUUAUGAACUACUUUAGCAUUUGCAAAAGCUUGAACUGUAGCAAGUGAAGUGCUGUAGCCAGACAUUUUUUCUCUUGACACUCUCAUAUGUUGCUGCCAUGUUCGUUCCUGCUACUUAAGCUUAAUGUUAUGUAUAAAUGAAAGCUUUAAGGCAAAGAAAUUACAACUAAAUAGUUUCAUAUUACAGACAGUUGCACUUUAGUUAUAAGAUGGCUAACAACUUUUUUAGAAAAAUGUUACAACUUGUAUCUCUAAAUGAAAAUGCUGAAUGAUAAAACGAUAUGUAUAUACAUGUUUAUUUGGAUGCCUGUGCCUUUUUGGAUAUGUUCAUGUUUGCACUUCACAGCUUAGAUUGUGAGCAAGAUUGAAUGUAUUUAAAGGUCUCCAAAGAUUUGAUACUCUUAUCUGACACAAAACAAGCCAUGCCCUGGCUUGGCGAUACGUCCAGAGUUAAUGUAGAAAGAAUAGUAUGAAGACAAGUCAUAUAUGGUUCAGUUUUAAAUGUAAAGUUGAGGUUAACUGUUGUAUUAUUUAUUUUAGCAACAAUACGCUGCUGUUGCAAAAUUUUCUAAUUAUGAGUUAUUAUAAAACUAAGAAAUAAACAUCAAGCCUUAGUUGUAAAAGGGCAAAAGGAGGGUUACAAAAAAUGUUUUAGAAUUACUAUUCAGAGAUUGCUUGUUUUCCUAUUAUUGUGAAAAGUGCUUUCUGUGUUAUUUCUUUAGCAAAUGCCACUUUGACUAAUAAUGAACUGUCAUAAAACUCUGUUU